AUGGCACCCGGCACAGUCAUAUCCACUCUUAUGACAAUCGCCCAGGUCUCAAUGUUCCCGCUCAUGGCAGAAGGCUUAAGCUUUGCAUCGAGAUACAGGCUCAGUGCUCGACUUGCCUUCAUAUCAUUUGGAGUUUUCUUCGGCGUUGCAGCGCUUGCAACUUUUCAAUUUGCUCAGCAGAUACUAUCAUUCGAUCUCUGUGACAACGUUCGGACUAAACCACCCGGUACAGCUGCGACCAUUACGGUUACCGACACUUACUAUCCCCGAGACUCCUGUGUAAGCGACCAAGAGAUACUCACAGCCUGGGCUGCUAGUGGGUAUGGCGAUGAUGUAAGCGACUUGGAACAAUCUCUACAGUCCAAGUGCAUCGACGCAAGCAUAAGGAACGCUUUCCACACCGGCCUCUUUGACCUCAACGCUAGCUUCGAGAACUAUUGUCCAGGGAUGAUCUGUACCUGGCCUGACUUCACUACGCUCGGUAUCUGCAGCGAGUGUGCAGAUGUGACGAGGUUUACUCAAGUUUGGUCAGCCGUCAAGGGAAUGUGGGACGGCAGUGUACUUCUCACUACGCCCAAGGGACCGGGGUUGUUGAUCCUCGACGCACCUGGCGGAACCAAAGAUCCUAUGGGAAGGUUAGGGAGCGAGGUAGCAGUGUCUGCGAGAAAGGAUAUCGACAAAGAUGCUGCCGUGAUUCUUGACUUCGCCUACGCGCAAGAAAUCCCGGAGGCCGUAUUCACCGGAGGAGAAACACCUUACGUUGUCACCGAAUGUCAACUGAAAUGGUGUGCCAAGGUAUUCAGAGAUGUCAAGAGUGUGAAUCGCUCGAUGCAGUACAACGUCACAGACCUCCAGCUUCAAACAGUCGACCCUCCAGACUAUGGCUGUGAUGUCACACACUGCCUCUCGCCGAACACCACCACCACCACCAUACCACCAUUUCCUUAUCCCCACAGCCUCCCCGAUAUAACCUUCCACGUCCGCGACUCCGACAGCCGCACUCUCGCCUCAGUCCUCAUUAAUGAGAUGCACAAUGACGAUGCCGGCAACAGUAAUAGGAUGCUGCUGUACCACCCGACUAACGUCUCCGCCGCCGCUGGCCGCAUUGCCGCUGCGCUGACUGACAUUGUCCGCCGCAACGGUGAUCUGGUCAUUGGGGAAUACUCCUAUGGGGGCGACUGCGUUGUGGUGGGGUGGUACUGGGUGUGGUUGGUGGAUGGGUUCGUCUUGCUGCAGCUGCUGAUGCUGCUCUGUGCGUUGUGGCGACGGUGA